CGCUACUACCAAUAUAUCCCCCUUCAUUCCGGUUCUGAUUCUCAUUCUUAUUCCCUCUCUCUCUCUCUCUCUCUCUCUGUACUUUGUCCUCUCUUCCAUCGCCCCUUCUUAAAAUUCUCUAUCCUUUCUUCCUACAGAAGAUAUCCUACUUCAGAAGAGAGGGAAGCCUGGUGGUGAGUAGUGCUCGUCUACUGAUCGACAGCACAGGAAAGCUUGGAAGACAUGCCAUCGGACACCAGCGAGCAGCGUCGAGAGGCGAAACCACAGCAUAUGGGAGCUCCGCCUCCGCCGGAUCAUGAAAAUAUUCGCUGCCCACGCUGCGACUCUGCCAAUACCAAGUUCUGUUACUACAACAACUAUAACCUCUGUCAGCCCCGCCACUUCUGCAAGUCCUGCCGCCGUUACUGGACCCAGGGAGGCACCCUCCGCAACAUCCCUGUCGGUGGAGGGACCCGUAAGAACAGCAAGCGCUUACGCACCGCUUCUACUUCCUCAUCUUCCUCCUCUACCUCCUCUUCUUCGUCCCAAGACCCAAUCUCUGCUACCCCUGUUUCUGCCUGUCCCACAGCCUCUACCGACCAGCCCGACUUGUCUUUCCCCUUAGGCGGCGAUCUGAAUCUUGAACCUAACGUCUCUGUAACUGGGUCUGGGACUUUCACGUCCUUGCUCAACUCCCAGGGAUCGGGAUUUCUGGCACUGGGAGGGUUGGGUCUAGGCGCCGGGUUCGAUGACCUCGGGUGCGGCCUCAGCCGAGGGGUUUGGCCUUUCACUGAUGUCGGUGAAGUUGGGACCAUCGGCGUUGGUAGUGUUGCUGGUAGUGGUGGAAGUACAUGGCAGCUUGGAAGCGGUGAAGCAGCUUUUGCCGACGGAGAUUGCUUUUCUUGGCCGGAACUUGCCAUUUCCACGCCUGGACAAGGUCUGAAGUGAUCCCUACUCCACUAUUUUAUCUGUCUUUUUUGGGUGUGGUUGGUUGGAGCUUUUCGAUCUCGAUCUCGAUCGUCUACAUAUGUCUCAGGUUAAGGUUUUCCCUUUUUUUAGAUCUCUCGUUGGUAUAGAUAGGGUAUAACAAUAGGGAAAUUAGAAAUUAAGUGUACGUAUUAGGAUUUCUUUUUCUUCGGUUUAGGAUUGUAGUUUACAAGAAGAUGAUAUCAAUAGGUUUGAUGGUUUUAAUCAUUUUUGCUGAGGGAUUCUCUAAAUGUUUGGGUCAUGGAUCGAACAGAUAGAAAACCUGGUUCUUUCUAUUUUCUUUUCUUCUUCUUUCUCUGGACUCUGAUUACAGUGGCUCCAUUACUACUGACCAUUGAGCUUUCUUCCACCCUUGUAUGUGUAAUGAGAUUUAAUUAAUUGCUAAAUGGUUCAAUUGGGUA